GACAGGUUUAUUUAUUUAUUUCUGCAAUGAACAGAAACAUGGCGAUCAUCAAUUUACAUAUAUUCGGAGUAGGAAUAAUUUUGCUAUGCUGUGUACAUCACUCAUUACAAGACUGUCUGAGGCCCACAAAUGUCGACCCGAACCUUGUGAUAACACCUAACCAAACUACAUACACACUUUAUUACAAAAUCAUCCUCACUUGCCAAGAUGGAUACGACCAUUCAGGGCCAAGCGACAGCUUCUGUUACCAGGGACAAGGCGGUAGCGAUGAUUACUGGUAUCCUGAUCCGAGUUUAGCGAAAUGCGAAGGUGAUUGUCUUUCUCCACCGAACACCAAUGACACGACGGGUAGCUACCCUCAUGCAGAGAAAGUGACAUUCUUUUGCCGUGAAGGAUUCGAAUUAGAAGGAGGAGGAAAUUCAAACGAAUUAACGUGUGAUGAUGGGAGCUGGGAUCUCGAAUUCAAUUGCGAAUCUGCUGGUUGCCCUUUGCCAUCUGUUCCAAUUGAUGUAGAGAUCGAAGAUCCCGAAGGUGAUUCGUAUAAGGUCCAUUCAAGAGUAGCCCUCAAGUGCAUCGGGAACAGGACCUUGUCUGGUCCAGGUUUCUCCUAUUGCAACGAGACUAGUCAAUGGGAUCCGGAUCCUAUGACCAUUAAGUGCCGUGAUCAGUGUUUGACGCCGUCAUUCGAUGACUCUCGUAUCAUUCAUACCUCACAUCUCACGGGGAACUCCGGCCAGUCCUUCUAUGAUCACACCGAUACUAUCAAAUUCUCCUGCGAAGAUGGCAUCUUUGUAGAUGGUCCUUGGAAGUCCGCUUGUAAAGAUGGGGUGUGGUCCCCUCGUAUCGGUGGCUACCGUCCGGUUUGCAAAAAGAACUGCACCGUACCAGAGAACAUGUCGAACGAAGGGGCGUUGUUUCAACAUUCUAAAAGUCACACAUUCACGUGUAACAAUACCCCUGGUAUGGUACGUAUGGGAGGACCAUUGUCAUUCUGCUCCGAUGGGGUCUGGAUGCCAAGAAUACGCUGUGCAUUGAAAAGAGACCUGAGAAGUGAGCUCUAACUUCAAUUGGUAUUCAGGAGGGCGUGACUGUCACCAAUCGUCUAUAUCUUCGUUUUCUAAUUCAGCCUGCGUUUUUAUUUUAUAUUAGUCACUUUUCUUUAUUUUAUCGAUUAUAUCUUUACUUUUUUUUAUAAUACUU